GGGGGAGUUAAGCCAGGAUCACGUCCUGCGCUUGCGUCAAGGUUUAGCUGCGGCGAGCGCCGGGCCCUCUCAGGGUCAAGUUCCUGCCAGCUGCUUCCUGCCUCACCGACGUCUUGGUAGUCAAGGGCCCACUUACGUACUACAAGACAGUCCACAAUUUCUGCUCUGGGUCACGAGAGUCUCGGGCGAACUGCGGCAGUUUUGGGACCGAGCAGCGUGAUUGGCCAUCACGACUUGUUUCUUUCCGAGCUGCACACUAACCUGAUUCCUACGCGACACCGCUUUAUUUCCCGUGCAGUGAGCCGAGCGGACCAAGAGCUGCUCCAGCCCAGUCGCCUCGCGACCGUCCCUCGCGCUCGCUCCCCGUCUCACGGGCACGGCGAAGCCAAGUCAUCUCGCCACCGCGGCAUCAGUCUAGCAGCCCCUCGGGCUCACCACGACACCAGCUGCGCGCGAGCAUCUUCAGUGUGACCCUCGGCCACUCAUCACCAUUGGCUGACAAGCAGCAGUGCUUCAACAGCGCCUGGCCUUAACAGCUGCGGUGCAGGGCCCUCGGCCCCGCGCUACAAGCCGAGCUUCGGCAACAGCAGCGACAGCGAGCGUUCCGGUUCAGGCACCGACAGCUGGCGCACGCCAGUCUACCAGUCAAGUGCCUUCGCCUCCUGUCGCCGCGCCACCUCCUCUUGCCGCAGCGCCGCCGCUCCCAGCGGCCGCGCCGUUGCCACCGCUAGCGCCCCCGGUGCUGCAACAACUUCUCUCACUCCAACGAGCACACCAUGAGCAAGCUGCUGUUCAAGCCUAUGGACCCCUGGGACCAUCAGUCGGUCCCGCCGCUGUCCAAGCACCUGAGGGAGCAGCUCAACGGCACACGCAAGUACCACGGCAACUGCGCGUACGAGGCCGUCCCUGUCAGCGAGGCGCUCCGCAUCAUCGACAGCGGACCCGAUGUCAACACUGCCUACCACUUCUGGUGGGCCAAGGAGCGUCCCACGCUCCAGGAGCGCGCGCUGGCCCAUCACCAGGCGGUGUCAGGCGCCAGCGUGUGACUGGACCCAGCAUGGGAACGUGUCACGGAGGCUUCGACGCACGUCCGUAGAGGGGCGAAUUUGCCGUGUCACGGUUGCGGCGUUUCUGCCUAAGUACGUCCGUGAAACCGCAACAUGACGCCGAGAACAAGCGUGUGCUUAACUGGUGUGUGCUUUCCUAUCGCCUUUCCAACGAAGUAUGCGUGACGAAGAGGUGUGCUUGUCACCUGCCUGUCUGACGUUUCUCAUGUCAUCGGUGAUUACGCGCAUCCUGGGAACUGAGUGUCAACGUGUAUAUUGUGCUUCUAGCUUUCCGCACAUGUUAGCGCCGUGUGGCGGUGUGCAAGUGGGGUCAAGGCCCUUUUCG